AUGUUACAACAUUCGGCGUCUGCCGUCUACCUGCCUCGGCGCCCGCGGGACUCAUCCUUGGGGCCGCGCACCUUCUCCUCUACAAGCAUCGGCGCCGACCCGACCUGCAAGGCAGCCCAUGGGGUGCCUCUACAGACUUCUUUGACGUCAUCUACUUCAACGCGACUUGCACACCCCACCUCCGUAAAUUGUGACAUCGCGCUGGGCCCACCGCAGCAAUUUGACGAUCGGGUAGUCCGUGUUGAGGCGGCCGCCCUUCAGGGCUAUGCUGACCUAUCGAGGCAGGCACGCCCGGCCGCACGCACCGCCGCUGUAGGCCUAUCGGAUGAGGAGACGUGCAGUAGGAGUGACUCGAGUUCCUGCCGCAACGCCCUCAUGCACCGCGCCAGCAGCUUCUUGGCUAGCCGCCGGGGCUCUUCGGAGGCGUUCGAGGACGCCUUGGAGUCUCUCGACCCUCCUCAUCCCUCUGUAGAUCUGAAUAACGACUACUCCUCCUACGCAUUUGUUCUCAAGGGCCCCCCGUCAGAUGCCCCUGCAGGCCAGGCUGGGUCGCCUCCCCGCACCUCCCACCAGCGAGUCCAUGCGGAACUUCCAAGGACAAAAGCAGCAACGACAAACGGAGAUACACGAAAGACACUUGUAUGCUCCAACACCACAAGCAUGCCCAGCAGCAGCAGCAGGAGCAAUGGGAGCAACGGCGAGGAGGGAGCAAAAAGGGGAGCUCGCUCUGCCGUCCCUGAACGUCCCCUCAUCAGCCCCCGCCCUACACCGCAUGCUGACGUAGACGGCGGCGAACCGCAGCAGCAUAAAGAGGGGAAGGGGAGGGAGGAACAACAGGAGCGGUCCACAGCAGCCGAGGCAGCAGCAGAAUCUGUGCGAUCGAGCCGGUGCCGCCAGGAAGGCCGCCGGGGUGCAGCAGCUAUUUCUGAACGUCAGGAGGGCCUUCUUGCUCCUUGCGGAUCCGUCAAGAGCUCCUCAGCAGGAACUGACCAGCGCGCAGAUGGUGGAGGGAACCCGUUCCCCCGAGCCGCUUCACAGGACGGGCGGAGAUUAAACGUGCCCAGGCGGGCCAUUGGCAGGUACUCAUCAGUGCCGGCGUUUUCCGCAGCAGAUCGUGUCAGGAUCGACCGUUUCAAGGAGGGUCUACCCGAGUGUCUCAGCACGCAGGAGGCAAUAAACAAGCAACGGAGACAAGCAGCAGAGGAGGAGCGCAUACGCAGGGGCGGGGCGGGGCUGCCCUCUUCUGUUAGGCCAUCUCCUCUCGACUGCACCACAGAGUUUGGGGAGGCUGUGGACUGGCGAUCGCUGUUAGACGCCGCCGGCCUCGGAGACGUAGGCGAGGACGAAAUAACGCUGGAGGCAGAAGAGCUGCAUGCGAAGCUGCAGGAGUUCGCACCCAGGACAGGGCCGAGCUGGUGCCUUUCCCUGCUGGGUUGCUUGUGGCAGUGGCGGAUGUAA